AUGGCCCGUGCGCUGCAUCUGCCCGCCGCGCGGUAUCCAUCCCCGGACGAGGCCCACCGGCUCUAUACGUCCAUAUCAUACCCGCGCGUGGCGUAUCUCCACUACUCCACCAUUCGCCGUCUACUCAACUGCCUCAGCGCGGUAGAAUACCCGACGGAAGCAGCUAUGGUCCGGUAUCUCGCCGUCAUUGAUGACAUGAAAGCUACAAACAUACCUGUACACUUCAUGGACUGGAGGCGCUGUUAUCGAAGGGUCACUAAUGCAGAAGUGGGGUCUGCGCUGUUAAUAUGGCGGGAGAUGGAGCAGGAGGCGGGCGUCAGGGCAAGCCACAUCACGUUCAACAUCCUCUUUGACAUUGCAUCCAAGGCCGGGAAAUACCAGCUCGCAACCAUGAUCUCCAAGGAGAUGGAAAGGCGGAAAAUGGAGUUCGAUCGGCAUUUUCGAGCAGGAAUGAUCAUGCUCUGCGGGAUGAAAGGCGACGGCGAGGCCGUGCGAAAGGCUUACCGCGAUCUGGUCGAUGCCGGGGAAAUCAUCGACACGGCCAUCAUGAACUGCGUCCUUACAGCGCUGCUCCACGCCGGCGAGCCCACGGCCGCGGAACAAGUCUUCACACGCAUGAAGCGCAUGCACAAUGAUCGGCAGAGCCCCCGAUCCGCCCCGGCGGACUGGCGUCAGCAGCGCGAGCUCGGCAAGCUCCUGCGCAAGGCCGCCACCGAGCUGCGCGAGGACCCGGAAGGGCGCCAGCUGCUGCAAGACGAGUCGCCUGUGGGUCCUGACUAUGGUACUUACAAGGUGCUGAUCUCGCACUAUGCCUGCACAGCCGGGAACAUCGACCGCGUCAUCGAGCUAAUCGAAGAGAUGACGGGCGCGUAUGGCAUCUCCAUGCGCGGUGACAUGUACUUUCGUCUGUUCGACGGCUUCGAGAUACACGGCGGCGUCCGGUACAGCUCGUGGACUAAGGCGAAACUCGAGUCGACGUGGGAGGCGUUUCUCUCGGCGCUGGACGAAGAAGACACUAAUUUCUUCCUGAGUGGGCGCUUCGUCGUCAAGAUUAUCUACGCCUAUGCAAAAGUCACGAGUACGGCUAGAACGAUAGAGGUGUGGGAGGAGAUCCAGCAGCGCUGGCAGCCCUCCAAUGCGGAUAAGGAUACUAUGAGCAAGAUUGUGAGGAAGCUGUUCCCCGACGAAGUGUAGAUGGCUGGCGUUAUGGGCCGGGAAAUUUAGCGGAGUUUUGGAUUUUCAAAACGGCUUUUCUUCAUGUUGGGAGGCUGGCGGGGCUUACAAUAGAUGUGUACGAAAUAGUGUAGAGCGUCG